UAUAUGUCCAGAACAUUCUUAACCGUGUUACAUUUAUUUAGGUCGAUUAAACAGCUUUUUGUAUCAAUUGUACAAAUAAUGACUAAUUUAAAGUGGUAAAUAAAAUGGCUGAUCGAUGAAUAAUUGUUUAUUAUGCUUCAGUCGGCUAUUUAAGCACGGCGUGAUAAGACAGAAAAUACAAGUUUUAUUUUUAAAUCACAUUUCAGUGCGUUUAUUUGUGAGAAAUCAUUAAAAAAACGAGAAAGUGUGCCUACUACGAAAAGAAGAGACUGCCAAGCUAAGAUCAACUAUAAUUCUAGGACAUAAAGUAUAUUUUACAACAAAGGUGUCUUUGGCGCUGUGGGCACGAGUAGUAACGACACCUUACUAGGGGUUCUUGGCGUUCAAAGGUUGAGCGGCAAUAGUGUUCCAUCCAGGACAGCCGACGGUUGUGAAGAUGCUGACCAAAGCGCUCGUCGUGUUCGCAGCUCUUUCCCUGGCCACCGGGAAGAAAUACGGCGAUGUAGUCCGCCCUUGCGUGCUGAGCGACCACCACUGUAUCCGGGACAAUCUGAAGGCGAACUCGCACUGCCAGCCCAGGGUCCGGGGUUCGCUUCCCGGCCAGUACACCAUCGGGCAGUGGCGGUUCGAGACUCCGUACUUCAACGCCUCGUAUAUUGACCAGGGGCUGGUUAUUAGGAACCAUGAUAAAUGCCGCGUCUCUGAGUUCUUCUUCAACCGGAAGACCGAUGUGGCUGUCAUCGCCAUCGACUGCCCCAACCUCGACUUCGAGUCCGACCGUCUGCUUCUGCAGCAUUACUCCCUGAAGGAGGACUCCACUUACAACUACCACAUCAGGGGCAAAUACCCUCUGGUCCGUUUGACGAUGAACGUGCCCAAAGCCAACCGUCUGAACAUUUGCAACGGCUUCACUUUCGCCGACGUCACGGCUCUGCCCAAAUUCCACAUUGACCCUAAAGACAAGCAAACAGCGGACUUCCUGACCCCGGACCUGUCCUACCUGAACAUCUACGAGCGAGAAACGUUCUUCUACCGCGCUAACUACCUGCUCCGGUCCUACAUCAACUCCUACAUCUGCGACUUCGGUUGCAACUAACUUACAGUUUAGAUUAACCCUCUGAACGCCAUGCCUAUUGAACGUGAACCUAGUCGGAAUGCACAAACCGGUUAGAUUGCCAAACUGUUAUCAUUUACUUGGCGCAAUACCUUUUAAUUUCGGUUUCACUCAAAAAACCGUUAUUGUUUAACCGGUUUAUAUGAGUUCUUCUUACAUUAACCGGUUUAGUACAAUAAAAACCGGUUUUUUUCCUAUGUCGGUGUCUAUGUUAAAGUGGCACACCACCAGGCCGACCGGCCGUUGCGUCGCUCGUCGAAUAAACCGGUUUUUAGGUUACAAUAAAGUUCUUAAAACGUUCGCGUCCUUAUAAAAGUUCGGAAGAAAACUUAAAUAAACCGGUUUUACCGGUAUUUAUAAAACCGGUUCCAAGCCUUAG